UUUUCUGUAAAAAUAAUUCACAAAUUAAGCAAUGCCAACCUCAUGCAUACCCGAAGAAAUACUAGCUCACCAAACGACGUCGUUUUCUCUCAUUUUCUCCCUGAUAUAAAAUACCGCAUUCUUUUUCAUGCAAUUCGCCAGAAGAAAAAGAGAGUGAGAAAGAGGAAAAAGCAUGUUCUUCCUCUAUCUAUCUCUGCUCUUUUCAGAUUCGUCAAAUUUUCUGAUCCAUCGAUAAAUUUCAAACCUAAUUCGCCUUCGAUUGGUUCUCGAAUUCCACACUUCGUGUUAGUUAACUAUUUUUGUUGAGGUUGAAAGGGCUUAGUAGUCAACAGGGGAAGCUAACUGCUGGAGCUCAGCUUUUGGGAAAGUUAUUCUUUUGUGUGACAAUGGCUUAUAUACAGAUGCUGUUGUGAUUUCUGCCUUUGCAUUGUAAACUUUUCAUCUUUAAAGAUGUGGAACUUCGCAUCACAUGCCCUUACAAGCAUUAGAAUGAAAAGAAGCUCCACAGAGCCGAUCCUAAGCUGUGCAGAAUGCUCGGAUGAUGAGGUUUGCUCUAAUGCUAGCAAAGAUGAAGGGCUGGAGUGCCCAAUAUGCUGGGAAUCAUUCAAUAUAGUUGAGAAUGUGCCUUAUGUCUUAUGGUGUGGCCACACCCUCUGUAAAAAUUGUGUCCUGGGACUUCAAUGGGCUGUAAUGAAAUUUCCUACCCAACAAAUCAAGAUUCCGUUCUUCGUUACUUGUCCAUGGUGCCACCUACUAUCAUUCCGGUUCAUCUACAAGGGGAAUCUGAAAUUUCCUCGCAAAAAUUUCUUCCUUCUUUGGAUGGUUGAGAGCCUGAAUGGUGAUAGGCAUAAGACCGUUUCUGCUUCUGUGGACAGCCAACCAAUUUGGCCUCCUAAGUUCAACCUUUUGGGAAGUCAAGGUACUAGUUGUAACCUUAGAAGGCCCUCAAGUAGUCAUUGUUCUGGACAAUUGGGAUCUAACAACGCAGUCCGUGUGAGUGAUGGAGAGAGACACUAUUUUUCCCUUCAUAAAUCUCUGGAUUUCUUCCUUCACUUUACAUCCAAGUUCCCAUUGGUCAUCACUUUGCUUCUGAUAGCCUUUUUCGUAAUCCCUUGCAGUGUUGUUAUUUUAAUCAUUUACUUCCUACUCACUAUUGUUUUUGCCAUCCCAUCGUUCCUCGUAUUGUACUUUGCAUACCCAACUAUCCAGAGAUUGAUUAGAGAAAUAACAUCAUAAGUUGUAGCCUUGCUCCUACAGUCAGUUGUGGCAUGUUUAUCAAACUUCAACAAAUUCACUAUAUACUUUUGGAUUGAAUGUUCUACCAUGUGGUGGUGCUUUCUUUGUUAUUUUUAGGUUUUAGUAUUUUAUACUAUUUAUUUUCUUCUGGAGGUUUUUGUGCCACCUUCAUAUCUACUUUAAGACGAUUGUCAGUUGUAAUCUUUUUCUUCCUGAAGUCAAGUUUAACUGUUGUACAAAGAAGUCUUUACAUGCCUAAAUUUUAUAUGCAAAAUUACUAAUGGUUGUGCGAA